GCUGCGGAGCCUGUCAGUCAGGCGGGGGGAGGCAGCCCUGAACGCCUCAUCGGCCAAUCAGGAGGAGGAAGGGAUGUUGCUUCUCCGUCCCUCCUCUUCUGACUUGUUGCGGAAGCUGAGGGCGAGUUCUUCGCUUGGGACUCAAUGGCGCGGCAGUGAGUGAAGAGUCAAGCGCGAAACGUGAGCGAUCCUCCAGAGGCAUGGCGCGACACUUCUUCUGCUGGCCAGAAAUUGGAUUUUCCUUGCAUCCUUGCUGCUGCCAGUUGAGAGCAUUUAACCACAGAAACAGACAUUAAGAUGCCUAUUUUCAAACACCCGGAGUAUCCAGAAGCAACGUUGCUUCGCUUGGAAAGCAUGGUGCCUUGUCGAGAAUCUCAAGUAUCCACCUUGUUGUCCAUCUUUGGAGAGCGUCAGCAUUUUAGCUUCCCAUCUCUUUUCAUCUAUGGACACACAUCCAGUGGGAAGACUUAUGUGAUGCAGACUCUUCUGAAAACUUUAGAGUUACCUCAUGUGUUUGUGAAUUGCAUUGAAUGCUUCACUUCAAGACUGCUUUUGGAAGAUAUUUUGAGACAGCUGCAACACCUUUCCUCGAAGAAAGAAGAUCCUCCUCCUCCUCCUCUAUCCUGUGAUACGUUCAAUGAUUUCAUACGUUUACUUAAACAAGCAACAAUGUCACCUGAUCUAAACAAUCAAACUUUAUAUGUUGUUUUGGAUAAUGCAGAGAAGCUGAGAGAAAUGGAAGCAAACCUCUUGCCAGGCUUUCUUAGACUCCAAGAAUUGACGGAGAGGAAUGUAACUCUGGUUCUUCUUAGUGAAAUUGUGUGGGAUCUUCUUCGUCCAAAUACCGGAUGCCUUGAGCCAUUGCCUUUGUAUUUUCCAGACUACAGCAUAGGACAUCUGCAAAAGAUUCUCUCUCACGACCAUCCUCCAGAGUAUUCUUUUGACUUUUAUGCUGCGUAUAUAAAUAUUCUGCUUGGUGUCUUCUAUCCCGUCUGCAGGGACCUGAAGGAGCUCCGACAUCUGGCUGUGCUCAAUUUUGCUAAAUAUUGUGAGCCUGUGGUCCAAGGAGAAGCAAAUGAACGUGACACACGGCAGCUUUGGAAAAAUAUUGAAUCCCACUUGAAAAAAGCCAUGCAGACUGUUUACCUGCGGGAAAUAUCAAGUUCCCAGUGGGAACGAUUACAGCAAGAUGAUGGAGAACCUGGCCAACUAAAAGGACUUUCAGCCCAUGCUCAUGUAGAACUUCCUUAUUACUCGAAGUUCCUGCUAAUAGCUGCAUACUUAGCUUCUUACAACCCUGCCAGAACGGAUAAGAGGUUCUUUGUUAAGCAUCAUGGAAAAAUUAGGAAGACGAACUUCCAGAAAAAACAUGAAAAGACCAGCAAUCACCUCCUUGGACCAAAGCCAUUCCCUCUGGACAGACUGUUGGCAAUAUUGUACAGCAUUGUUGACAGCAAAGUUGCACCAAAUGCAAAUAUAUUUUCCCAGAUCACUUCCCUUGUGACGCUACAGCUUUUAACCUUGGUAGGCCACGAUGACCAGCUCAACGGACCAAGAUACAAAUGCAAUGUGUCUCUAGAUUUCAUCAGAGGAAUUUCUAGGACUGUGAACUUUGACAUAAUAAAGUACUUGUAUGACUUUUUGUGAAGGCCAUAUGGACACUGUGACGACGACUAAGGAAACUACAGAAACAAAAAUAGAAGGGAAGAUAGGAAUAGUUCCUGACAAUACAAGAGCAAACAUCAUCUUAUCUCUAUACAAAGCCAGUAACGGAAACUCCAAAAAUAUCAGCAAACGAAGAAUGGGAACAGAGCUGAGAUAUAAAGCACCUCGUACUAUGCAAAUUCUGUUUGCACCAUCCAUCCAUAUUAAGCAAAACCCAUGUAAUAUUAUAUUACCAAAUAAAAAUAACUUGAUAACA